AUUCUACAUGUGGAUUAAUCACAUUUUCAAAUUAGGUGAGUUUUUCUGCUUAACUCACUGAGUAAUCACAUUUCAUUUCUUCUGGAAUUUAUUAUACUACUCCGUACUACUACCCCUUCAUCCUUGUCAAGUCGCGGAUAUCAACAAUCGAGCUCUAUUCACACACAAAGGAAGCGCGUCAUGGCCAGUCCGCCAGGGCUCAAACGUAAUGCUAACCAUCUAUCAACACCAGCGUGUGAUGCGAAGAAGCCCAAGGCCAAUGGCAGUAUCACGUCCUUCUUUGGUGCCCCUAAACCCCGGCCUGCCAACACCAAAACAUUGACCGUUUCGUCCUCUUCCUCGAACUUCAACAAAGACAAAUGGGUGGCAUCAUUGACGCCUGAGCAACAAGAACUCCUGCGACUAGAGAUCGAUACGUUACAUGAAAGCUGGCUGUCUAAGCUCAAGGAGGAGCUGGUCACAUCGGAAUUCUUGGGGUUGAAGCGAUUCCUGAAAAAGGAGAAGGAGUCGGGUGCAAAGAUCUUUCCUCCAGAGAAUGAGAUUUACUCUUGGUCUCAACAUACGCCCUUGGACAAAGUGAAAGUGGUCAUCAUCGGCCAAGAUCCGUAUCACAACCAUAACCAGGCUCACGGUCUAGCAUUCUCGGUUCGGCCUCCCACUCCUGCUCCUCCCUCUCUGGUGAACAUCUAUACCGGAAUCAAAAAUGACUACCCUACUUUCCAGCCCCCGCCAAACAAGGGUGGCCUUUUGAUACCUUGGGCUGAGCGAGGAGUACUCAUGCUCAACACCUGCUUAACAGUCCGCGCUCAUCAGGCGGCAAGCCAUUCAAACAAAGGAUGGGAACGUUUCACUCAAAAGGCCAUCGACACCGUCGCUCGAGUACGAACUAAUGGAGUGGUUUUUCUGGCCUGGGGCUCGCCGGCUGGGAAGCGCGUAGCAGGUAUCAACCGGCAAAAGCAUUGCGUUUUGCAGUCGGUUCAUCCUAGUCCGCUCAGCGCUCACAGAGGUUUUUUCAACAAUGGCCAUUUCAAAAAAUGUAACGAGUGGCUCGCCGAACGCUAUGGUCCGGAUGGCACCAUUGACUGGAGUCUGAACCCGAAAAAGACAGGCGGCUCGCUUGCCACUAUCUCGGACCAAGCUCCUGUGAUUGACCAGGUGAAGACUUCCACCACGAAAGUGCCUGAUUCAAAUCCUUCCGAAGAGCGCAAAGUUGCUAGCGUGAAACUUAUGGACCCUGACGGAUCGCUUGAUGAAUUUGACGAUGAUGUCGAUGCACUUGAGGUUCUAGCUGCAGCUGAAGCUGCAACAUGAGCUGUUGAAUAUUUGAUUCAAUUGGUGUAUUUGCACUACUAUUAAUCGCGAAGGGGCCGUCUCUGUGAUUCCGGCGUGUUGCAGCUGUAUCAGCGUGUCUGUACCAUGGAAACUUCAACUGUCCUAAGUUUUGUGUUUUGAUUCCUUCCACAACUCUUCCUUUCACUCGGCAGAGAUACCACUGCGAGGUAUUGUAUUCAGGUUGACUGAGAAAGUGCUGCCACCCCCCUUAUCCUGUUGAUGAGUGUCAAACGAAGUUUUUGUAGCAUGGCGUUCUACAAGUGUAGGUACCUCGGUUGAUUGAGUCGGCGAGCGUAGCGAACAUGUUGCUAACAGAAGACUUAAGGCUUUGUUGCGGCUCUUACCAUAUUCAUCUUGCUAAGCCACAUAAGGUUAAAUAGAAUUAGUAUCAAGUGGGCAGUCUUGUCUGCCGGGUAGUGAGGUUCCCUGGGUAUUGGGAUGGCCCACUCGAUAAGCUGAGGGGAAA